GAGCACACCUGACUCGAGCCAAGCCUGCCUUCUCCGCAUGUGCUCAUCCGGGUACUUCUGAGUCCAUCACGGAAGUAACAUGACCCAAACCCUCCGAUUAGUUGCCUUUAUCAGAUACUUUAGGGGUGUCUUUAAUUCACGUCACCCAAAGGUGAACCCGAGCACAACACGUUGAGGAAUUACGGCUCUUAGCUCGUCACGUAGGUCCUUCACAACAGCUGCAGGUGACAUAUAAUCAUCGGUGAGCAGCAGGCACAUUAUGUAAACGUGACAGAAAACGUUGUAUAACGGGAGUCUGACCAAUCAGAGCGCUCCAUUUCCCACUGCGUAGUCUCAGGAGUGGAGCUGUUGGAAGGAUACUGUGCGUGUCUGACGUGUUUACCAGGCGCCACAAUGUAUACACGGUUAUAACAACGCGUUAUCUUAUUGUGGACCGACGGGACACGCGGAGACGAGCCGGAGACAUUUGAGCGCUUCUACUUCUUGCGAGCUAGUUACGUGGGCUUCUUCACCCACGCGAUAGGCAAUUAAGGAACAUUAAACACUAUAAACAUCGCGGCUCUACAGAAACCACUUUCAACGUUCAUCGUUGCCACUAAUCAAAGAGUUUUCCGGGUUUUCCCUCGCGUCUGCUGUGGCUGAGACUCACCUCUGUGGAUGAGUUAAUGAAGCAAGGUUCGGCUUCGUCCCACAAACCCGGACCACGACUCUAACCCACUGGCCAGGUCGGACGCGUCCCCGCCCAGUGAAUAUAGACACUUGACUAUUUUGCGUUUUGAUUGUUUUUGGGGAACCCCCUAUACCCUCCUUGUAAUCCCACCGGGGAUAAAGAAAGAAAGCAGGCGACAUGGUGGUCAACACCAUCCACUGGUUCAGGAAGGGACUGCGGCUGCACGACAACCCGUCUCUGAGGGACUCGAUCCGGGAUGCGGACUCCCUGCGCUGCGUUUACAUCCUGGACCCCUGGUUUGCAGGGUCCUCCAAUGUGGGCAUCAACAGGUGGAGGUUUCUGUUGCAAUGCUUGGAGGACUUAGAUGCCAGCCUGCGCAAACUCAACUCCCGCUUGUUUGUCAUCAGAGGCCAGCCUACAGAUGUCUUCCCUCGCAUUUUUAAGGAAUGGCAGACUACCCGUCUAUCUUACGAGUAUGACUCGGAGCCGUUUGGCAAGGAACGUGAUAUUGCCAUCCAAAAACUAGCCAGCGAGGCUGGAGUGGAGGUCAUGGUGCGGACUGCUCACACCCUCUACAAUCUGGACAAGAUCAUAGAACUCAACGAUGGUCAGUCUCCUCUUACGUAUAAGCGCUUCCAGGCCCUCGUCAACCGUAUGGAUGCUGUGGAACUGCCUGCAGAGACAAUCACGUCCGAGGUCAUCGAAAAAUGUGCCACACCCAUCAGCGAAGACCACGAUGACAAGUUUGCGGUGCCCUCCCUGGAAGAGCUUGGUUUCGAGACAGAGGGCCUGACCACAGCAGUAUGGCCGGGUGGAGAAACCGAAGCCCUCAUGAGGCUAGAGCGGCAUCUGGAGAGAAAGGCAUGGGUGGCAAACUUUGAGCGUCCACGUAUGAACGCCAACUCCCUGCUGGCCAGUCCUACAGGCCUCAGCCCCUACCUGCGCUUUGGAUGUCUCUCUUGUCGGCUCUUCUACUUCAAACUUACGGAUCUUUACAAGAAGGUCAAGAAGAACAACACCCCACCACUUUCCUUGUAUGGCCAGCUGUUGUGGAGGGAGUUCUUCUAUACGACUGCCACCAACAACCCCUGCUUUGACAAGAUGGAGGGAAACCCUGUUUGUGUACAGAUCCCCUGGGACCGAAACCCAGAGGCGCUGGCCAAGUGGGCAGAGGGACGGACAGGCUUUCCCUGGAUAGACGCCAUUAUGACCCAGCUGAGGCAGGAGGGGUGGAUCCAUCAUUUGGCGAGGCAUGCUGUGGCCUGCUUCCUCACCAGGGGAGACCUCUGGGUCAGCUGGGAGGAAGGCAUGAAGGUGUUUGAAGAGCUGCUCAUAGAUGCGGACUGGAGCGUCAAUGCUGGCAGUUGGAUGUGGCUUUCUUGCAGUUCAUUUUUCCAGCAGUUUUUCCACUGUUACUGCCCUGUGGGAUUUGGACGACGCACCGACCCCAAUGGGGACUACAUACGGCGUUAUUUGCCCAUAUUGAAAGGCUUUCCAGCCAAAUACAUCUAUGAUCCUUGGAAUGCCCCGGAGGAAGUACAGAAGGCAGCCAAGUGCACCAUUGGAGUCCACUACCCAAGGCCCAUGGUGAACCAUGCUGAGGCCAGCCGCAUCAACAUAGAGCGCAUGAAGCAGAUUUACCAGCAGCUUUCCAGCUACAGAGGACUGGGCCUGCUGGCAACAGUACCUGCCAAUCCCAACAAUGGUGCAAACGGCAGUAGUGUCGGAGGAGUCAACUCUGGGACCAGUCAUGGUCCUGGAGGGUCCUCUGAAGGCCUCUCCACAUAUGCAGGAACAUCUCGAACAGAAAGAGGUAAUUUCACACAGAAGCGGCGGCAUGAAGAAACUCAACUCAAAAGCAGCUCUAAAUCCUGGAGGCAGAGCAAAUAGUGUGCAGAAAGGAGAAUACAAAGGUUUCCUCAGUCAUCUUCUCCUGCAGUGCCCUCAGCUGACACAGCUGUAACUGUAACUAACAACUAUAGAUAAUGCUAUAGCUCCAUAACACAUCUUGGUAUCCAGAUCGGACGCGUCACACAUCUCAGGAACUGCGGAAGGAAUUCAGAGACAAUGCUGACAUUGAAGGGAGAGAAGCCGGUGAAAGCAACGUAUGAAAGGAAGAAACAAGUGAUCUAUAAAGUCUCAAAACAAGGGUGUUGUGAGCCAACCUAUUGUCUUCCACUACAGUGUGUAACUGUUAAAACCACCAGUCAUUAUCACGAAUGCCCUUUUCCCCACAUCAGUCAGGCAUCAGGGUGAAACUGUAUUAAAUCAGCUAAAUGUUUUUUCAGCUGCUGAUUUUUAACCCCUUGACUGCUUUGGGCUCUACAUCUUUAUGUGAAAAUGACAAUCUGAAAUGUCAUUGUCAUUUAAAUGAUGGGAAACCACAACACAAUCCGGAGAAUAUGGAAUAUUUCCUGUGUAUGGCCCUGUGUUGGCACUGAGACGUAAUAUGACCGAGAUGACAAAGGGUUGUUUCUUUUCUCAAAAGCAAACACAAAAUCAAAGCUCACACUGUCGUGAAUAGUGUGAGAAUGUUUUUUUUCCUUUCUCUUUUCAGUACACAAAAGCCUGAUGUACAGUCGUAAGGACUAUUAGAAGCAAGGCUUUUGGGUUUGAAAAUUCAGCCGGCCUUACAAAGGCCAUUAUAUAUUUUGUAAAUAUUUGCUUUUGUAUAUUUGGUUCUGUGGUCUCAAAACUACUUUUGUAAAUAUUCUGUAACCAAAACUCAAAGUUCCACUGUGGAUGCAUGUGCUUUGGUCUCCCACGUGAUUGUAAAUGUAUUUUUGUAUCAAGAAUGGCCAAAUUCUAACUGUAUUGAAAUGGCAAUAAAUUAAACUGUCUUUAUGCUUU